CCUUAGUGUAUAAUCAGCGUCAUGACGUCACAUACGUCAUCGAUCAUCCGUAGGUCUAAGGGUAGCCCUCAAUGAGCAUCCCGAGGCUUCUACAUAUGGACUUCGAGGCCCGAAUAAUUUGUACAUUUGAACUGUAGCGCAAUCCAAACAAUCUUGCAAUUGAGUAAACACCUUACAAAUAUCAGAAACUCCAACCAUUCAUCCUUCAAUCUGCUCCAAAAGGCGCAUAACAAAACCAGCAAACAUGGACUCCAAUACCAACAACCAGACCACUCAGUCGCAAAGGCAGGAACCCGGCCUCGUUGCAGGACAUGCUGAGUACAUCAAGGGUGUAGCAGAGAGCGCCAUCGGUACCGUAACGGGCUCACAGGCAUGGACGGCAUCUGGGGAACAGGACAAGGCGCACGCCGUUCACACGAUGAAGGUGGCGGGUGAGAAGAGGGAUGCCAGUGCUCAAGGCUACGGCAAGGUUGAAGAGUUGGCGGGCAAGGCUGUUGGGUGCGAGGGGAUGCAACAGGAGGGAACAGCGAGUGCGAAGAAGGAGUAAAUGGGUGAUAUCUUGAUCCAGGCAAGAGCAUUCAUAUGAAAGAAAGAAAUUCCCUCUAACUUGAACCAUUUAUUCUUGAAAUUACAAUCUGACUGGCGACUGGCUUUCUGUUUUUGUGUCAGGCCGGGUGAGUUUGGACGCAGAUAUUGAAGUUGAAAGAAAGUCUGCGCCAUCGUUCAACACCCUCUUCUUCCGAAUAAGGCAAGUUGGCGUUAUAG